CUUGUUUUUCAGCCGUUUCAUUGUCUACUGAUAAGCAGUACAGAAGCCUUCUCUCAGACUUAGCACAGACACAUUACAAACAUGGUAAAGGAAGUCUUCGUCCUGCUGGCCGCCGUAGCCGCUGCCCUUGGGGCUGACCCUACCCCCUGCUGUGUCCAUCACCAAUUCACGGCCGAUCUGUUAGAGGUCGGCGGAAAGAUCAACCCUAUUCUUGCAGUACCAGAGCCAAUCACAAUUCAGUCCCGGUUGUACUAUGAUUACGACGCCAAGAAGCAACGCGUGGACAGGGUGGUGGAGAAUGACGACGGAACCACCAACAACCUGACCAUCUACGUGGACUACACAGAGCAAGUCGCCCGCUCGAUUGUUGGCGGGAAAUGUGUGGUGACCAGACUAAAACAGGCCACCAUGCAGGAACCAUGUGUUCCCGCAACGUCUAAGUUCGUGGGGACCCGUGUUCUGGGACCGGCCACUAAUGGCGUCAGCAUCAACUCGUUCACGGCUGACCUGACCAGUGUCCUCAACGUCACGAUGAAGGUGUCCGUCACCUCGGACGACUGUACCCCGGUGUCUGUGUCGUCAUACGGGGUCAUGGAGGGAGCUUUCCAGGAAAUCACCUAUUUCUUCACCAACCUUGUCUACAGCUUACCUCACCAAGUGUUCCACAUACCUGCCAUUUGUCAUGGUGUACACGCCGAGAUCGCGGCGCCUGUCAUCUCCCCACAGCUGUUGGAUGUGAUCAUCAUGGGAUCCGCUGCCUCCAAAAGAGUAGAACCACUGCACUCGGGCCUAAACGGCGAUUGCCCGAGGGUCGGGGCCGAGGACAAAUUCUCCACAGUUGAUGAGCACGCAAGAAAGGCACCGACAUCUUUGAUGACGUCAGACCAGGAUCUCAUCACUUAUUUUUGCAGAGAGUCAAAAGAUGACGUCAACAAGAUUCGAGCAAUUUACAUCUGGAUCAUUUCAAAUAGAAGACAUUUAGAGGAACUUGCCAAAAAGGAAAGGAAAGAAGGAGAAAUAUUAGCAGAAAAAUUCAUUUCCUUGACCAAAAUUGUCGGUAUCCAGUCCAAAAUGAUCACGGGUUUACACAAGGCUCCCUCAAACCAGAGCGAAUCAGGCCCUACUGUGUGUGGAAACCACUGCUGGAAUGUCGUACAUUUGGCGGGAAACUGGCACGUGGUUGACUGUCUGUGUGGAGCCAGUGAUGUCUCUGUUGAAUCAUUCUACUUUCUUCCGGAUCCGGAACAGUUCAUCAACAGCCAUUUCCCCCUGGACAUAGACCAAUCAUGGCAGUUGGUACGAAAUCCAAUUUCUCUUGAAGAAUUUAACCAAGCGCCACUUAUUUCUGAGAUUGCCAUGGUGCGCGGAGUGAGUUUAUUGUCUCUAAAGUCCCGGAUUAUGAACGUUCACCAGUCGUUGGAUUGUACGAUAAAGGACCCGAGAGCUGUACUGACAGAUAUUGCUGUCGUCUUAAGUUCAGAGGAUGGACUCAUACAUAACGAGUUUGUUUUCAUCUCUAGAACCGAUGUGAAUACCUAUGUGAUAAAUGCCACGCCUCCAUUUGCAGGUAACUUCCGGUUAACAGUGCAAGGGAAACUCUCAACAACGAGGAUAGAAACUAUAACGGAGCUCGUACUUCUGUGUGUGUCCGUAAAAAAACGGGUCAAGAAGUUUCCUAAAGAUUAUGAAACAUGGGGAAUAGAACCGAAAUUUCCAGAUAUCGUUCAAGAUUUGUGUGACGUUCCAAGGACAUUCCAAGAGGUGAAGGACGGGCGAUUGGACUGUUCCAUCUCCACACGAACCAAGCUAGAGGUGUACGCCUCGCUGAAAUGGCUGGGGGACGGACGGACGCUGGACGAUCACGUGGGUACAGAGAGCACUCCUUCAAGAAUCAGGCUGAAGUCAGUCCUUCCAAAGAAAGGGUUCUACAGAGUGUGUCUGUUCCUCCGGAGAACUGAGCUGUUGUAUCCAGUGUUAUACCUUCUGGUGUACAAUAAGAAAGAGGUUUCCAAGGACACGCCUCGCCUCGGUUACUCCAACAUGGAAGUGCUUGUGUGAUCACUGCAUGGGAGAGCAAGUCGAUCAAAUGACCAGUGAAUGCUUUACUUAGUGUUACAGUAGCCAAAAAUGGAUAUCUUGCGAGACGCCUCAUAAUUUUAAGCAUUAACAAAGCUAUAUAUUUUCUAUGAAUUAAUAUGUUGUUGGGUUUUUUUUCAGACUUCAUAGUUAAAAAUAUAUUUUGAUGAUAAUUAUAAUUUGGUUGGACCGCAAUUCAGCUUGACUAAAAAAUUUUUUUGAUAUAUUUGACAUGUAACUGACGACGAGUGUGGACAUGUAAUUUAUUAAAAUAAAUUGCGCCUGUAAAUAGAA